CUCCAACUCAGAUAAGAAUCCCCAGAGACCCCGCCAGUUGAAAGCUGGGGCCUGCAGUCUUUUUAGGUCCAUUGUUGCGUAAUUCGCUUCGGAAUGGCACAUUCAAGUGGCUCCCUUGGAGGAAGGGGAAAUCUCAAUGUUGAGUUUUGCACUCUAGGCAUGUUCAUUCUUGAUGAUAUUGAUUUCGAAGGAACCCAGCCGAGUGUGAAGAAUGUGCUUGGUGGUGCUGCAUCGUUUGCGGUCGUUGGAGCACGUCUCGUCGCUGGACGAGAAUAUUCACAGUCCGUGAGCUGGAUUGUCGAUGUUGGCUCGGACUUUCCGCCCGAAAUCAUUGAAGUGCUGAAAGCAUGGAAUACAGACACUAUGUUUCGUGAAGACUUUGGUAGGCUGACUACGAGGGCGUGGAAUGGCUACGGGCCCAACGAGAAACGAGACUUUCGAUAUCUAACUCCAAAGUUACGAUUGGAGCCAUAUAUGCUUUCUGAGUCUCAGAUCUUCUCCAAGACAAUCCACAUGGUCUGCUCCUCAUCCCGAUGUGCAUCCAUUGUGCAGGAUAUUCUGCGCCGCCAGGAAGUAUUUAAAAAGGAAGGAAAGGGUCCCUCGUCUAGGUCCAAGCAUAGAACUAUCUUCGUUUGGGAGCCAGUGCCCGAUAUGUGUUCUCCUGAGGAGCAGGAGAAGUUCUUUGCUGCGUGCAAGAUGGUGGAUGUUGUGAGCCCUAAUGACUUGGAGUUGGGAAUGAUGUUUGGGCAACCGCCCUGGGUUGAAGGGGAAAGGCAUGGCAAGGAAAUAGUGGACAAAAUUCUUUCCUCGGGAAUUGGGCCCGAGGGAAAUGGGCAUUUAGUUAUCAGGGCAGGGAAGGAUGGUAGCUACACAUUCUCUAGAAACGAGAGGAUCUGGAUGCCCGCUUACCACCAACCAAGCGGCUCGGGCCAUUCCCCGGUCGUUGAUCCAACAGGUGCAGGCAACUCUUUCUUGGGGGCGCUGACUCAAGGUAUGGUCAGCGAGGGAAGAGAUCCGGCCAAGGUCAUCAAUUCAGUGCUUGCGGGAUCGACAGGUUGGCAGAAGGCAAUGGCAGAUUGGGAGCCUUACCAGAACGUCCUAGUCGCUCUGAUCUUUGCCACUGUCGCUGCAAGUUUCGUCGUAGAACAAAUCGGUGUGCCACGCCUUUCUACAUCUACCGAUGGCAAGGAACUCUGGAACGGAACUGAAUUCACGGAACGAGUCCGUCUGUACACACAGCGAUUGUAUCGAACACUUGAAGAGUCUCCCCAAAAGCACUACCAGAUCAACUGACCGAUCGAAAACGCCAAUCUAUUGUCGUACAGCCCGCAAUAUUAUAGAACAGAAACUUAGCAAUGCCAUUGCAUCCUCCAUAUACCCUCCGUAUAUU